AUGUCGGACGGUGACGAGUCGUCAGCGACGAGUCUUUCUUCAGGACCACCACCUCCCCUUCCUCCCCAUUACUCUCACUACAUCUGCGCCACCUUCCCUCCUUCCUCUCUCGAGUCUACUAUAGCUAUGGAUCUUGUACUGCCCAUUCUCAUCGCAGGCGGCAUACAUCUGUGCUCAUGGUUCGGCGAACCACUGUUUUCUCCUCUGUACUCCAGGUGGCAUCUCAGCACGAUGGUAGAUCCGAUCACACAGUUACUAUCGUUUGAUUGGCUUCUAGGGAUGUCUGCUGCUCGAGGGGAGUAUGACGAUGCCACUGCCUCGAUGUUCUCCGCUGGCGGGACGAAACACGCGGCAGCGCUCGCCAUGCUUUUUCGAUCCAGAGCACCCUACUGCAUGGUCGACUUCCUUUCCCGGCCUACCUGUGUGGCCACCUACAACGGCUUCGUUUAUUCAGAAACAGGCGACAUCCUACUCAACGCCACUCCCACGACUCUGCUGCCGCACCCUCUCCUCGGGGACCCUCUCUUCACAGCUACCUUGUUGUCCGCUCUGUCGCUCUACGUGUUCGUCAUUGCCCUCUCUAUGGCCGCACUUUCCGUCAUUUUUUCUCUCGUCUUCCCGGCUCGUUUGUAUCCGAAAUUCAUGGGCUGGGCUGCGGUCCCUGCUUCUAUUUGGGUCAAGUAUGUCUGGCAGGCGACGGCUGCGGUGUUCUAUACGACCAUUCUUUCUGGUCUAGGGUUUUACAAGCGUCUCUUUGGUGGCAUUUCUGCUGAAGAGGAGUCUGAUGGAGUUGGCUUGUUGCCGGGUGCUUCCGAUCUGGUGACUACCCAGCAUCUCGAAGACGCUUGCAGGACGACCCAUUCCACUUCAUCGGCUCAAGGGACACCUAUAGUCUUUUCCGACACGGCUUUGCGAUCUCUCUCAAGAUCACCUCUCUCUGCUGUGGAGGCGUCUUCGUCUGCCUUACCAUCCGCGCCUAUUGUUACAGCGACUCCCAGCGUUCCCGACGAGUUCAUGGUCCCACCACCUGGGAAAGUCUAUGUCCUGUUGAAUACGCCGCCAAUCUCCGAUGUCCAGCUUGUGGAGAAGGAUGAACAACAGAUCUCAACCUUCAGGCCCUCUAUGUCUACUCAAAGGUUCCCUUCGCUCGUUGUUUCGAACAUGGCACUCGAGGAUAUCUGGCAGAACGGGUCUCCUCGCUCGACAACUGACUGUCAGAUUGCACCGCCUAUGAAGCCAGUGGUGCAGUCCGAACCUAGCGCUCGUUUUGAGAUUCUAAAGACAGCUGAGAGCACGGACGUUUUUCUUCAGGCUGAUACGACUGGAGAGUUCAAGAGCAGGAGCACUCAAUCCUCCACAAGCGCAGCAGCCACAAUCCAUGCUGCCGAAGAUCGCAAGUACAAGUCAACACAACACGUUACAACCUCUGACUCUAGUUCUCGAGCUCUCGCCUCCAAUAUGUCACCCUUCCUCUUCAAUAUCCAGGCGCAGGAGUUUCGCCCCAGUCCGACAGCCGGUCCACGCUCCUCCAUGCGUUUCUACGAUUCGCAUCUGAGCACUCCAUCUUCUGGUUCGGGAUCGGACUACUCCUCUGGCUCGUCUUCUUCUCCGUUCAACCCUAUUAAGUCCGCUGUAUCGAGCGAUAUGGGAUCCUUCACGGGCAUGAACGCUAUGAGAACCCGCUUCUGGUCCAAUGACGGCAGAAGCCCUACUCCUAACCCCUCGUACUCUUCUCAUCACGGUCAGAGCCGAGUUCUUCGUGCUCUCGAUCCCGCGACUUUGACUAUGGAUCCGACUUCUCGGUUGGUGGCGAGCGUUAGUUUUGAGAAGGAGGCUGAGGUCGAGAUCUUGGAGAAGGAAGCUAUGGCAUCUUGGAAGGGCUCUCUCUUCGGUGCCGACAUGGACGACGGAAUUCCGAGAUUGGAGACUAUCGCGAGCGUUACUGAAUUGGGAGAAGAAGUUGAUGGUGUAGAUGAUGAUGGCGAGGGCGAAACAGACGAACAAGGUGCCUUGGCUGGGUGUGAGAGUGAGGGCGGCGAGGAAGAGGAUAUCGAAAAGGCCAAUAUUAUCAACUCUUCCAAGUAUUGUCCACCAGCCCUUCGUGGAGUUCGUCCUCAACCCCUCGACGUUCAGUCACGUGCACGCUCGUUCUCCGAAAAUCCUACUACCCCUUCCGAUGCCUUUCGUCACCUGGGCAGUCUAGACCGCAAUACUGACCGCCAGAGGACUAUAUCUGAACGCGACGUUGAACCGGACCUGGAGUGGUUGUCAAGGAAGGCGACUCCGCCCCACUCAGCCAUCAAGCGAGCUCCUCGCGGUCCAGCCCACGAUCCUUGCCCUACGGCAUCUGUCGUCUGUCGCACGAGACUUUCGCCUCUCAAGACCAAGGACCAAACUGAUGCAGUGAACUCCGACUCCUUCCGCACCACUGCCAUUGAUGAACUCUCGCACUCUAAUCUCGAAGCCGACCAGUCGAAACAGGCCAACAUUCAAGAUGGCCCCGUCUCGCCCAACUUGCUUCUGUUAGGCAAUUUCUUGAACCGAUACCGUAUGAGCUCUCGUGGACAGGCGGAGGAUACGCAGGAGGGCAAGGUUGAAGGUCUGAGUGAGCAGUCUGGCGAAAGAGCUACGGGCUGGAUCGACUCUCGUACCGGACGCUACCGCACGAGGAGCGCGCAAGCGGCGGAGAACAUUCGUGGAGUGGGUCCUCUCUGA